AUGAUAGCAGCUACGCUGUUAAACGUCAUAGUCAUAGGGGCAGGACUAAUAGGGCCCAGACACGCCCGUCACGUGAACCUCAACCCCACAACCACGUUGUACGCUAUCAUCGAUCCCCAGGAAUCAACCACCGAAACGGCAUCCAGCCUCGAAACCCGACAUUUCUACUCCAUAGACGAGUGCGUCCACCACGCGCAGCAGAAUGGCACCGCGAUAGACGCAGCCAUCAUAUGCACGCCCAACCACACCCACGUCGCAAUAGCUCAGCAACUCGCAAGCAUGGGCAUCCAUUUGCUCGUGGAGAAGCCCGUAGCGACGUCAAUUAAGGAGGCGCAAGUCUUGCAGCAGGCAGUCGCCAAGAGCGGAGUCUGUGUGUUGGUGGGCCAUCACCGCAGGUUCAACCCUUACGUGUUGUCGCUUAAACACAACUUGAGCAAAGUAGGCCGCAUCGUCGCCGUGCAGGGGUCAUGGUGCUUGCAGAAACCGCAAACGUACUUUGAUCUCGGCCAUUGGCGCAAAUCUACGCGUGCGGGAGGCGGCGCGCUCCUCAUCAACUUGAUCCACGAUCUAGACAUCUUGCAGUUCUUAUUUGGGGCCAUCACCCGGGUUUACGCCGAGCCACUCCCGCGGCAACGAGAUCACGAGGCCGAUGAAGGCGCCGCGUUGAAUCUUCGCUUCAAGAACGGCGUAGUGGGCACGUUCAUCUGUGCUGAUAAUGUUGUGAGUCCGUUCAAUUUCGAAGCGGCCACGGGGGAAAACCCCACCGUUCCCAAACAUGCGGGUUUAGCAGGAUUAUAUCAGGUCUUUGGAUCACGAGGAACGUUGUCUUUUCCCGAUAUGAAACUUUACCACCAGGACGAGGCAGUAGUGAGCUCAUGGACUAACCAAGUGGAAGAGACAAAGUUGGAGGUGGUGGAUGAAGACGAAUUGCCGUUUAGUUUGCAAUUGGAGCAUUUUGUCGACGUUGUGCGAGGGAGAGCCAAACCCAUGUGUGGCAUCGACGAUGGUGUGAGCGCACUACGGUGCAUCGAAGCGGUGAUGAAGAGUAUACAGGAGGAAGUCCCCGUGAACACUGAAUUUUGA